UUUAGCAAGCAUCAACUUCCGGUGUCAGGGGCUACUUGCUUAAGGGAGCAAAAGAAGCGGGCGUACCGAAAUCUUUGUUGAUUCAUGGACUCUUAGAUUUCUUGAUAGCGUAUAUUUUUGGUUUAUAGAGUUAUGCAAGUGCUCCUCGUGGGCUAGUGGUCCUCUUGGAUUUGCAUCUUGCUUGGGGGAAACUCAUUAAUUCGGCACUCGUAACGGGCCUUUUCUUCUGGUCUUAGCUAAUGUUAGCAGGCUAGCACGAGCACGUUUUUGUUAAGAUUUUUCUCUUUUACGUUGUAAAAUAUACCACACUGCUAAUUUGUAAACCCCUUUUUAACUUUUGAUAUUUUACUGUCACCAAAGGUGUUACCAGAGGCGAACUAACUAAAGCGGUGUAGGCGAAUAGUAUUGGUAUUUUAAAGUGUUGUUCACCUUGUUGCUAGCUUAAGCUAGCUUCCGCCGACUGAACAACGCAUCCCCUGAAAGCGUAACAGGCUUCAACCCAGUAAUGUCGGACUACGACGAAUUCGAAAGACAGCUAUCUGAAAAUAAACAAGCUGAAAGGGACAAGGAGAACCGUCAUCACCGUCGGUCCUCGUCCCGCAGUCGUAGCAGAGAGAGGAAAAGGAGGAGCAGAGACAGGGACAGACGCAGCAGGGACCGCCGUGGAGACAGUAAGGAGCGGAGACACCGGCGCAGCUCACCAUCCAGCUACCCUCAAGACAACGCUGGAAGCCGUUCUCCUCAGCGUGAGAAGAAGAAGAAGAUAAAGAAGUACUGGGAUGUCCCUCCGCCUGGAUUUGAACACAUCACUCCCAUGCAGUACAAAGCCAUGCAGGCGGCAGGACAAAUUCCAGCCACCGCCCUCCUGCCGACCAUGACCCCAGACGGCCUGGCUGUAACCCCCACCCCCGUACCUGUGGUGGGCAGCCAGAUGACCCGGCAGGCCCGCCGUCUUUAUGUUGGCAACAUCCCCUUUGGUAUCACAGAGGAGUCCAUGAUGGACUUCUUUAACGCUCAGAUGCGUUUAGGUGGUCUUACUCAGGCCCCUGGAAAUCCUGUCCUCGCUGUACAGAUCAACCAGGACAAGAACUUUGCCUUCCUUGAGUUUCGUUCAGUGGAUGAAACGACACAGGCAAUGGCCUUUGAUGGCAUCAUCUUUCAAGGCCAAAGCCUUAAAAUCCGUCGUCCGCACGACUACCAGCCACUGCCCGGCAUGAGCGAGAACCCCAGUGUCUAUGUGCCUGGUACACAGACAAUUAAUGGAGUGGUGUCCACAGUGGUCCCAGACUCGGCUCACAAGCUCUUUAUUGGUGGAUUGCCCAAUUAUCUGAACGAUGACCAGGUGAAGGAGUUGUUGACGUCGUUUGGCCCUCUGAAGGCCUUUAACCUGGUAAAAGACAGUGCCACAGGCCUAUCUAAAGGAUAUGCCUUCUGUGAAUACGUUGAUGUCAACCUGAACGAUCAGGCUAUCGCUGGACUGAACGGCAUGCAGCUCGGAGACAAGAAGCUCCUGGUGCAGAGGGCUAGCGUGGGAUCCAAGAACGCCACUCUGACAACUAUAAACCAGACCCCGGUGACGCUGCAGGUGCCGGGUUUGAACAGCUCCGUCACUCAGAUGGGUGGCCUGCCCACUGAGGUGCUGUGCCUGAUGAACAUGGUGGCCCCCGAGGAGCUCCUGGACGAUGAAGAAUAUGAGGAGAUUGUGGAAGACGUCAGGGAGGAGUGCAGCAAGUACGGCCAAGUGAAAAGCAUCGAGAUCCCUCGUCCGGUGGACGGCCUGGACAUACCUGGGACGGGCAAGAUUUUUGUGGAGUUCACUUCAGUUUUUGAUGCCCAGAAGGCCAUGCAGGGGCUGACUGGAAGGAAGUUUGCCAACAGGGUGGUGGUAACGAAAUACUGCGAUCCAGAUGCUUAUCACCGCCGGGACUUCUGGUAGAGGGGGGACGAUGAGAGGGAAAGGGGAGGGAGGGGGGAGGGAGGGAGUGUAGCAUGUACUGCCUGUUUCCAAAUAGCCCUCGGAGUGAUUUUGGCUGAGCAGCAUUUCAGGUAGAUCUCGGACUGUUAAUCGUUUGGCGAACGGCUUUGGUGAUGUCCGGUUAAUUAAAGCAGAUCUACGUGACGUGUUGAGCAUUUAGCACCAGUGUGGCAGGGAGGAGGAGAGGAAUGGCGUGUGUUUAUUUUAAAUGUAACACCGGGCUCGGUUUGGGGCGGUAGUCGUGUAGCUGGGUGGGUUGGGAUGUGUAUGAAAUUUGAGAAAUGUGUGUAAUAACGGGGCCGGGGUGGGUCGAGAAUUUUUUUUUUAUACUUUGUGAGACAUGGAUGUUGUUUUUUUGGGUGGGAACAGGGAGCCACGCUUCAAAGGUUUGUAUUUAAAUGGAGUCGACCUGUUUUAAGUACAUUUAGAGAGGAUCUGCAGCACGGAGCUACUGGAAAAUUCUGAUUGAGAAGAGUUGGAAACUAAAAGGAGAUGGUGUGAUGGGCGUUGUUGUUUGAUGAUCCAAUGUAGAUACACAGUAGCUGUAACAUCCACUUUGGUUUUGUCACCAUCACUAGAAAGGUGUGUGGAGACUCCUCGUGUUCUUGCAUCGUGAUCAGACCGCUGUCCCCCCGGCACUGUUGUUGUGCGACUAAUCUGAACGUCAGCUGUUCUGAUUCUGUGUAGCUUCGCCGAUUCUCAGCUGCAAAGUCACCCGGUGUUUAAGCUGCAAAGUCACGAGCUACGCAAAGAUUUUCAGUUGUUCCUUAUUUCUCUUGGUGUAACUUUUCUCACGAGUAUUUUUGAGCAGCUAUAAAAAGAUGAGAACUUUUAGUCCCAGCAGUUUGGCUCUGAUUUAGUCAAAGAUGGAGAAGAAGCAAAAACAAACAUUCAUGUUUGAUGGGAAUAUGUCUCGUUCUAACCAGCAAGCCUUAAUGUUUCUACAUGUCAAAACAACAGAAAUUUGGCUUGCCCCUCUUUCCCUGAUGUCUCUCUCUUCAUUCGUGUCGCUCUCUUGUACUUUAGCCAGCUCUACUUUCUUCUAAGUAAAUUUUGGGUGUGAGAUGUUUUGAAUCCAGUUCUUUUUGUGCAACAUUUCACCUCUUUUACACGACCAAAUAAACACGUGAGCAGAACGAAACCAAAUUUACCCAUUCUAUUUACAAUGAUUAAGGUAAAUAAUACAUUUAGCAGUUUAUUCAUCCACCUUGUAUAGGUAACGGCGAGCUGAACACAACAUGACAUUUUUAGGCUUUGUGGUCAUAAAUCGACCUGGUUUCACUGUUCUCUACAGUCGGAUGUUGCAACGCUCCCUGUGUGCUAAAACAGCAUAUCUGUCAUCUCCCCAUUUCAUCUUAACGUUAUUCUUUAAGGACCAUACGACCAACUGUUAGGCUGGAGACUAUGCUUUCAUGUGAUACUUACGGUUCCUCUAGAUGGCGCUGCAGAUCGUGUCAGAAAUAACACUUUUGAAAUGUUUCUCCUCACUUUCUGAAAAUCUUUUAUUUCAGUGUCUGUGUCAUUUAAUUUUCUUUUUUUUCCCCUUCUGGUAAAAAAAAAUGUGAUUUCUUAAAUGAUUUAAACCUUAAAGCCACAUCUAGUUUAUACAAGCAGUCCUUUGUUUGUCCAGUAUGUUUUCAAAAAAUUCAAUAAAAACUGAAUUUACAUGA